GCCUGUGGCAAGUGGCUGUUCACGGAUUUUCGGCAGGAAUGGAGAGGCCAGCAUGCGCAAGCGGUUGAACCUCAUACACAGCUGAUGGUGUGACUCGUACAUUGUAAAUUAUGUCCAUGAACUAACGUCUGAAGGUAUCUGCAUGUAUAGGUGUAUACAUUUAUGUCGCCAAAAUAAACGGUUGACGGGCAAAUCUGUACUUCAAAACAGCGUGACGAAAACCAAGCAUCAUCUGUAUGGCACGUAGACCUAUCGUGCAGAUUGAUAGACUCGAUUCGAACGGAGAUUUUCAAGCUUGGAUUUACGGAUAGGCAGCAGCAAUGGGAAGCUCAAAAUGUAAAACGGAUAUCAUCUGAAAAUGAGUCGUGUUCUGCUGAUUUUGAUAAAUACAACCAAUGAAGUGCAAUUUAGAUCGCGUGAAAUAUUUUCUGGACAAACGUAAUAUACAUUAGGGCUUUAGGCGGCUUGGCCGUUAACCGCUUGCCUAUCGUAAAACAAAACGGACGUGGAAGAGAUGAUGUAUCUGGUGUAGGAUUUCCUUGAAGGAGAUUCACCUUAACGCUUUGAAAGACAGGAUUAUCUACAAGAGGAAGAAGAGGCCACAUCCUCUCUCAGCAUACCUCUUCCAGUGACUUAAAGGACUGUCUUCUGUCUGUGUGUGUGUCUGUGUGUGUGUGUGUGUGUGUGUAUAUAAGGUCCUUUGCGGUGAGGAUUUGUUGUAGGUGCCUAUUGAAUCAAAGUCCCUCUGAAGGUGCAGAGGAAUGACUAUGUUCUAUAGGACAUGGAGAGUAGGAAACUGAGGACUGACAGCUAGUGUUGGAGCAGAGACCAGAAAGAUUGUCCUGCAUUUUGUCUUUAUGCGCCUGUAAAGACUCUGAGGAGAGUAGAGCAAAGGAGGACGAGAGGAGGGAGGAAAUCUACUUUGGAGGCCGGGUCCAGCCCCAUAGGCACCAGCAACACUGGAAGAACAGCCGUCUGAGAACCUAGAAGGUGGGUAAGAGGAGGACCACAGAACGAGAGGAGAGACGGGGACUGAAGGAGAACCAGAGGGUCUGUGGAGGAGGAGGGGGAGGAGGAGAGGACGGGGAGGAGAAGGAAGAGGAGGCGCGUCCCCAUGGCAACAGACCCUGGAGAACCAACAGGGACGGAGGAGUCCUCUGACAAACCUGAUGGAGAGCAGGAGGAGCAGGAGGGCGGCGGGAGGGAGAGGACGCACAGCGCCCCCUCAGACUUCCCCUCUUCCCAGACCGAGGAGAGGAGAGCCGCGGAGGGAGUUGGAUCUGCAGGAGGAACAGGAGGAGGAAGAGGCAGACGGGGGCAAGGAGAGUCAGAGGACAGGGACAGCGAGGGGGAGCACACGCCUCUGCUCAGACCGAUCUCCUUCUCCACGCCUACGUCGCCUGCUGCAGCCCUGGUGGCUUCGGGGUCAGGAGGUCACGGACCUCGGCUGAGGAGAGAGAAACGUUUCUUCAGAAAGAGUGUGGAGAUCUGCGAGGAGGAGGACGAGGCGACGGUGGAUUCACCAGAGGCCUCCCACUCUGCUCCCCACCUGGACUCUGUCUUCACCCCCGGCGGUGCCACGGCCUCCGCAGCCAUGGCCGCUUCCGCCACCGCGGCGCUGGGUCACGACCCCGACCACCACGACCCCUCCAGCCCAAGCAACACCCAGGACCCCGGUGCCAAGGAGGCCCCGUCAUCCGCCCCAGCCCAGACGGGGAAGGAGAGGGACAAGGAGCAGGAGGAGGAGGCGGAGAUGAAGGCCGUGGCCACCUCGCCGGGCGGGAGGUUUCUGAAGUUUGACAUUGAGCUGGGGAGGGGGGCCUUUAAGACCGUGUACAAAGGCUUAGACACGGAGACCUGGGUAGAGGUGGCCUGGUGUGAACUACAGGACCGGAAGCUGACCAAGGCGGAACAGCAGCGCUUUAAGGAAGAGGCGGAGAUGCUGAAGGGUCUGCAGCACCCCAACAUUGUCCGUUUCUAUGACUCCUGGGAGUCUGUACUACGAGGGAAGAAAUGCAUCGUCCUGGUUACCGAACUAAUGACCUCUGGGACACUAAAAACGUACCUAAAACGCUUCAAGGUCAUGAAGCCUAAGGUCCUGAGGAGCUGGUGUCGGCAGAUCCUGAAGGGCCUCCACUUCCUCCACACCCGGGCCCCCCCCAUCGUCCACCGGGACCUGAAGUGCGACAACAUCUUCAUCACGGGCCCCACCGGUUCCGUCAAGAUAGGAGACCUGGGACUGGCAACGCUCAUGAGAACCUCCUUCGCCAAGAGUGUCAUAGGCACUCCGGAGUUCAUGGCUCCAGAGAUGUAUGAGGAGCAUUACGACGAGUCCGUGGAUGUCUACGCCUUCGGGAUGUGCAUGCUGGAGAUGGCCACCUCAGAAUACCCCUACUCCGAGUGCCAGAACGCUGCGCAGAUCUACCGCAAAGUCACCAGCGGUAUAAAACCAGCUAGUUUCGAUAAAGUCAACGACCCAGAGAUUAAAGAGAUCAUCGAGUGCUGCAUCCGCCAGGACAAGAGUCAAAGGUUGUCAAUCCGGGACCUGUUGACUCAUGCGUUUUUUGGCGAGGACACAGGUGUGCGCGUUGAGCUGGCAGAGGAAGACACAGGGUAUCAGGAGUGUCUGGCCCUCAGGAUCUGGGUGGAAGAUCCCAAAAAGCUGAAGGGCAAACACAAAGACAACGAGGCCAUAGAGUUCAGUUACGACCUGGAGAACGACAGCGCAGAGGAAGUGGCUCUAGAGAUGGUGAAGUCAGGGUUCUUCCAUGAGAGCGACGCUAAAGUUGUGGGUAAGUCCAUCCGCGACCGCGUCACGCUUAUCAAGAAGUCCCGCGAGAGGCGUCAACAGCAGCAGCUCCAGCAGCAGCAAGGCUUUGAUGAGAGGCGGGACUCCAUCCUUACCUCUUCUUACGCCUGUGCUCACCCCUCCUGCACCUCCUCCCAGGGGCCCGGGGUGGCUGGGUUGACAGGGGGAGGCGGGGGAGGGCAGGGCGAGGCUGAGGAGCUCCCUGAGGUAGACCAGCAUGUGAGGCAACAGCAACAGAUCCACAGUGGGAACCCUGUCAGCUUGCCCACAGGAGGAGUUGGCUCAUCCAGCUGUGAGACCUACACCGGAGCCCAGAGCCAGGCACACCCUCAGCAGGGAGAGUCGUACGUUCAGCCUGGCCUUCCUGCUGUCGCCUCGGCAACUUUGGCCCACCCCCCUGUUGCCAUGCCAACGCAGGUCUCGCAAGUAGUAACACACCAGUAUUCUCAGCCAUCUCAGUCAUACCAUUCAGAUGGAUCACAGAUUGCACCCAUGGCCCCGUCCCAGUCAUACCCACCCCCGGUCUCCCCCCAAGCCCAGCUCAACAUUCUCGCAGCUCCCAUGUCAGUGGGGGACCCAACUGGAACAGUGGGUCUUGGGGGUGUGGCCCCAGCCCCACAACAGUCCCAGGCUAACGUAGCAACUCCCAACGUCAUACAGCCCCCUGAUGUUCAGAUGACACCCCAGCCUUUAACCCAACUAGAACAGCCUGGAAAUAUCCAACAGCAACAUGCCAUUGUUCAGCAACAUCACCAUCAAUCACAACAACAACAUCAACAACCGCAACAGCAGCAGAUAUUGAUGGAGCCACAACAGCAGCAAAUGGAGGCUCAACAAGCCGCCUUGCUUCAGCAGCAUCAACAACAACAGGCCAGUGUGAUUGCCCAGAACCACGCAGUAUUGUUACAGCAACAGAUAGAACAACAACAGCAGCAGACUGUUCCAGUCCAACAGCCGCAAGCUAAUGAGCCGCAACAGGCGUAUGUGCAGCAAGCUUUGGUCCAGCAACACGCCUUAUUACAGCAACAACAGUCAAUUGACCAACAGCAGCUGCAACAGCAACAGGCAGCACAGCAAAGGCAGGUGGAUCAAGUCCAGGCCUACGCGCAGCCACAAGUCAACAUACAGCAGCAGCAGCAAACGUUGUUGCUGCACCAACAGCAUCAGAUGGAACAACAGCAGAAACAACAGUCGAUGCUGCUGGAACAGCAGCAGCAAGUGUACAUACAACAGCAGCUUGAGCAGCAGCAGCAACAGGCGUUACUACAGCAGCAGCAGCAGGCGUUGCUACAGCAGCACCAACUGGAGCAGCAGCAGGCGCUGUUGCAGCAGCAGAUGUUGGAGCAGCAGCAGCAGCAGGCGCUCCUCCAGCAGCGGCAGCAGGAGCAGCAGCAGCUCCAGGCCCUGAAGCAGCAGCGGCAGCAGGCGCAACUGCAGCAGCAGCAGCUAGAGCAGCAGCAGGCGCUGCUACAGCAACAGCAGCUGGAGCAACAGCAGCAGCAGGCGCUCCUGCAGCAGCAGCAGCUGGAGGUCCAACAAGCGAGCCAGACGCAACCACCGCAGAUUGAUUUACAGCAACUGCAGCAGCAGCAACAACAGCAAGCUGUGUUGCAACAGCCGACCCAACUUCAACAGCAGGCGGUCGUCAGUCACGCGGCUGACCUGCAGCAGCAGCAAGCUGGUCUACAGAUGGAACAACAGCAAGCCGUGCUGCAACAGCAACAGCUUCAACAGCAACAGGCAAUUUUACAGCAGCAGCAAUUGGAGCAACAGCAGCAGCAGGCGCAGCUCCAACAGCAGCUCGAGCUACAGCAGCAGCAGGCUCGGUUACAGCAGCAGAUGGAGCAACAGCGUCAGCAGCAGGCACUGCUGCAGCAGCAACAAGCCGAGAGGACGCAGCAGCAGGCUUUGCUACAGCAGCAGCAGCAACAGCUUCAGCAGCAGCUUGAGACUGGGCAACCGCAACAGCACCAGCAAAACGCCAUCGCUCAGUUGCGAGAAACAAGCGAGAAACAAGAGUGCGCUUUGAUUCAGCAACAGUGCGAGCAGCUGCAAGCGUUGCUUCAGCAGCAACAAAUUGAUGUUUGCACUUUGCAUAAUGUUGCUUCUUUUCCACCUAGUCCCAGCUGUCUAACCCAGCAGCAACUUACAGAACAACAGCAAAUAGUGUUGAUACAGCAACAACAACAUCAAGCUAUAUUAGUGGAGCAGCAACAACAGCAAGCAUAUGUUGCCCAACAACAACAGCAGCAGCAGCAACAUCAGAGCUCUGUUGCAGAACUUCAGCCUCAAAUGCCUCUUGUAGCCCCGGCCAUACCAGCAACAGAGAUCAUGCAGGCUAUUCAGGUUCAAGCUCAGAUGGCUGCCCAGUCCCAAGCCCAAGGUCAGAGGACGAUGUCUGGAGCCAUUCAGCCACAGAAUCCCAGCCAAGCUCCACAGGCUGUUGUGCAAGCCCAUGCCAAAGUCCUGGCCCAGAUCCAAGCUCGAAAUGAAAUUCACCCUCAUAGUCAGGGCCAAUUCCCUGUCCCCGUACCCCAGGCCCAGCCUUUACCCCAGGCCCAGUCCCAGGUUAUCGAGGUCCAGAUUCCACCUCACAUGGUGACCCCAAUCCAGGCACCAAGUCCUCCUAUCCCAAUCCAGCCGCAGGUUCCUCCAGUACAGGCUACCCAUCAGAUCUCAGCUCAAAUACCGUCCCAAGCACCAGUGCAGACUCUUAUCCAGCAAACUCCCCAGCCUGCGCAUAUCUACCAAGCCCAGCCUCAGAUGCCACUGGUUCUUGAGACUCAGAUGAUGCCUACGCAGCAAAGCCCAGCUCUGGUCCAACCCACACCUCCAGUCUCAAUCAUUCCCAUGCAAAGCCAGGUCCAACUGCAACCCCAGAAUGAGGCCCUAGUGCAACCCAGUGUUCAGCUCCCAGGGCUUUUGCAAACUCAACUACAGCCCCAGGCUCCAGCUGGCCUACAGGCACCCCAGUAUGUCAGUGCACCUCAGCCCACCCAACCGCAAGCCAUGCAGCCCACCCAACCGCAAGCCAUGCAGUCAACCCAACAACAACAAGACAUCAGUCAACAGCAGCAACAGCAGAUACUGACGGAGCAACAGCAGUCCAUGCUUCAGUACCAGCGGAUGAUUCUUUCCCCUGGCUCUGUCGGUGUUGGGACUGUAAUGGCGGCCCCUGCAUCCACUGUCAUAGACCCUGGCUCAUUGGUCUCUGCUUCGGCUCACGGUGUUCAACCACAGACAGGACAAGUGUAUAUCCAAGGUCCGCAGGUCCAGCAACAACCACAGAUAAACCCUGUCCUGCAACCACCGCAUCAGCAGCCACAAGGAGCAGGAUGCCCAGCCGUGGUGCACCCAGUGGUCCAGACCAUCCUCCAACCGCAGCCUCAAUCUGUGCUGCCUCAAUCUGUGCUGCCUCAAUCUGUGCUGCCUCAUCCCAGUCCCGUUGAGCAAUACCAGCAGCAACAGCUGGUGCAACCAGCUCCACACGUCAUUCAACAGCUGGUGCAACAGACCCCACAAGUCAUUCAACAGCUGGUGCAACAGGCACCACAAGUCAUUCAGCAGCAGCUUCCACAGCCACAGACUGCUUCCAUUCCAGUUCCAGCUCCCAUCCAGCAGGGUCUUCAAGCACUUCCUUCUCAGCCGCAGCAAGCCUCAAUACCCCCUAUUGACCCAAGUCAACUGGCUUCUCAGCGUCCUCUGAUGCCCCCACACCUGUUGCCCCAGCGUCCCACUGCCAGUCCAGUAGAGACAUCAGGCCCGAAUGACGUGCAGCUGCCCGGGUCCCAGACCAGUGCCCUCCCGCUCUACAGUCAGGUAGUAGCGGGAGCGGGAGGUCCGCCACAAUCCCCACAGCGCCAGGCACUGCUGAUCCAACCAAUGCCCGCCCACACACACACCCAGACGGCCAUGCAUGCUCAGGCGCACACACAGACCCAGACCCAGGCCCAGGUGCAGGCCCACACCCAGACGCAGCUCGCUAAGGAAGCAUUUGCUGCCUCCACCGCCGAGCCAAAGGCUCCCCUGGCCAGUUCCCUCCCUCUUCCUCAGAUGCCCCCUAGCCCCUCUCAGAAGUCAUCCCACCCUGCCUCCUUGCCACCCCUCCACCCUGCUGCUCUUGUCCCAGAGGCCCAGCCCACUCCACCCGAAAACCAGCUAACUAUGCCUGGCAUGGCUGAUGCCCAUCCGGGCCCCACCUCUCCCCCGCCUGUGGUCACUGCUGCCCAGCCCCUUGACUCUAACGCCCCCAUGCUGCUGCCCCCAACCUCAACUUCGCUCCAAGACUGUGACCCUGCUCUGAUGGGCAUUGCUCAGGAGUGUCCAAACCAGUCCGAUCCAGAGAGACCCUCCUCUUCAGGCUCUGUUCCAGCCAAUGGGGAUGGGGAUCUACAGAUGUUGGCCAAUGGGAAACUAGAGAAGGUGAAGUCUCAGAGGAGAUUGUCCUAUCGAGGGUCAGAAAAAGGAGCACAUGUAUUUCAACUGAGCAUGAUUCAGGUGUCCGGGUCUGGGGACAACAUGGUGGAGUGUCAGCUGGAAACCCACAGCAACAAGAUGGUCACCUUUAAGUUUGACACUGAGGGAGAUGCCCCUGAAGACAUCGCAGAUUAUAUGGUGGAAGAGGAUUUUGUCCUUGAGUCAGAGAAAGAGACAUUUGUGGAGGAGCUGAGGUCCAUUGUCAAGAGAGCUCAAGAAAUUCUACUUACACAUCAACAGACUGGAUCUGUGGAACAGCUGCAUGUGAGCACUCCAACAGGCACAUCAAUGGACGGGGCGCCUCAGUCGUCUCCGGUGGGCAGAUGGAGGUUCUUCAUCAACCAGACGAUCAGACACAGAGACUCCACGUCCAGCCAGGGAGGGGGCUCUACCCCUCCGCCCCUCCCGACCGGAGAGGUCCGAGUGCUCCAGUCUACAAACACUGACGGAGAUGGUCACUCUAGCAGCAGCCAGGCAGUCAGACAGAGAGAGGGCACAUCCUUCAACCAGGCUCUUUCACUGAAGGGACGAUUUCAGGUCACCCCAGUCCGACAGCCCCCUGAGAGCUCUACACCCAAGGAGGCAGCUUCGGGUACGGGCAGCAGCCAGAGGAAAGUGGGGCGGUUCUCUGUUACUCAGGCCGAGGCCAAGAAAGAGGAGGAAGAGUUGACCGACAGCUCCCCUGUGUCUCCAGACCGGGAGAGAGAGAGGAGGAGGGCUUGUGGGAAGGAGGGAGAGAGGGAUGAGGGGAAGAGGACACCAGCGCUGAGCCACCCACUUCGAGGACACGGUCCUGGGCAUGGUCCCUCACCCCUGGGCAGUAGUGAUGACGAGGAGAGCGAGAUGGAGAAUGAAGACCUGAGGAAGGAGCUGCACAAGCUGAGAGAGAAGCACAUCAAAGAGGUGGUGUCCCUGCAGGCCCAGCAGAACCGGGAGCUCCAGGAGCUGUACAGACAGCUCCGCUCCCUCAAAGACAACCGGCAGACCCUGCCCCUGAUCCUGAACCGCAGUCCGCCCCUCCCCUCGGCAACCCCGGUUCUGUCCCCCCGCAGACCUCGCCUGGCCAAAGGGAAGCUCCGGCCCAGACCCCACUCCCACGUGGACAAUAAUGGAGUCGUCAGUCACCCUGGCCUCCAGCAGUCCAGUAGUUUCUCAGCGGGGGAGCACAGCAGAUUGAAACGGACCAGCAGUCCAGAGCACACCAACCUUCCGACAGCCAACCGAGACCACAGCCCUCCCUCCCAGGGAACGGGUGCCAGAAAGAGCACCUUCACAGAUGACUUGCACAGGCUGGUUGAUGACUGGACGAGGGAAACUGUGGGUACCACCCCUUCCAAACCCUCGCUCAAUCAGAUCAAGCAUAUUCAGCAGGUGCAGGAGUUGGGAGGCUGGCCACACGCCACAGAGGUGGCUCCUCCUGGUUGGUUCCCUCAGGCCACCCCAGCCCCCCCUCGGGUCUCUACUCCAGCCCCAGGUCAGUACACAGCCGAGGGGAGCCCGGUCCAGUGGAGCGGGGUGGGCGGAACGGCAGGAACGACAGCACCGCAACAACAGCAACCGAUGCCCCUCCCCCCGGGCACCCAGCUGCAGCCAGGCGUCCACCUCCUACAAGCCCGGGCUACUCCACUGUCACUACCCCGUCAGCAGAACCCUGUGAGUCUGCAGCCUCGAGGCCCCACCCAGGCUCCGCUGCACCCACUGACGGGGCAGCCUCAGGCGGCCCCGGAUGCCAAAGCAGGUGUCGGAGCCGGACCUCAGAAUCCACCUCUGUUGCCUUCCCAGAUGCCCCGGGUGGCCCAAGGUGAGCCCGGGUGUCUGAUUCCUGGGCCUGGCGCCGGCGCGGUGACGGGGCCCGUGGACACCGGAGCCGCUCCGGCUGCUGCUGCUCCUCUCCCCGGUGGGCCCGGAGGGACUUUCUGCUCCUGCCCUGCGUCCUGCUCCUCCCCUUCCUGUUCCGCUGCUGCUCCGCCUUCCAGUGCCAAACUUCACUCCGCGGCCCCAACUUCCACUCUUCCUCUGGGACAGCAGUAAAAUGGGAAAACAAAAAGAGGGGACAAGUGGUGUUAAAUAGGAUGGAAUGAGGGGAAGAAGAGAAUAAAAGUUGGUGAAAUGAUGGACAAGUGAAUACCAUAUGGAGAGUUUGCGAGUGUGUAUGUUAUGGGAGGGUCUGAGCACGAGAACAUGGACGCCAGUUAAUGUGUAAAGAUGAGAUGGGGAGUGAAUGUGAGAGAUGGUUGAGUAUGUACAGGCAGUGGGCAAUAUGGAACUUUUGGAGGGGAGGUGUCAUGAUAUUGGUGUGUUUGAGUGUUGAGAUGUACAAAAUGAUGUAAUGUGUGUGUGUGUGUGUGUGUGUGUGUGUGUGUGUGUGUGUGUGAGUGUGUAAUUGUGUGUUUGUGUUGCCAUUGAUUUCCUCAGUACAAAUCCCUUGUGUGUUUUGACAUGUUAAUUUUUUUAAUCCAACAAAGUUGGACCCUGAACUCUUACUCCUAAGCAGAGACAUGAAGGAAUGCCAACAUACUUUCAUGUAUUGACACCUUUUUUUGUUUUUAUUUGUCACUGCUUAGUUAUAGUAAAGGACAAUGAAUUUUUAAAGUGCAAUUAGUAACUGUCAGCUACAUUUUAUCGUCCUGUGUUGUCCUGAUUUGUCUGUAUGGCAUUUAACAAAACGGUUUUUUAGAGGCAAGUUGACGACAACAACUGAACAGACAUUUACAAAUUGGCCAACGUCUAACAUGAAUAUAGCACAAAUGUUUCAACAGGCUACCAAUGAGAUGUAAAACAGUUGGAACAUCAGCAUGUUACAGUUCUACACCGGAGCAUGGUGACAUUGGUGCUGUGUGGUGGCCCUGACACCACAACGCCAGUAAGCACACUGUCUACAGUGCAGUGCAUGGGCAAUGCAUGUCCUUUGUGUAUAAUUAUAUUUUACAUUGAUAAAUAGUGGCAACAACUAGAUUAGGUUUGACAAGAUUUCACGUGAACACUGAUGAGUGACACGAUUCAGUUCUGAGAAAUAUAUUUAAUAAUAUGCAACUGAUGUGAUUUGACUGACGGAUGUGGUCAUUGGAAUUUCAACCGAAAUCCCACUGAGACUGAAUGAACUACGAGUCAAGACAGAGACUGCAAGACCCAUGUGGCUACAAUGUACCGUGACUGGCUUGACUUUACCGCACUGCGUUUCUAUUUACCACACAGGCUGCUGGGCACCACACACUCAGAGGUGACCUGUUAAUCAGAAAUAUAUCACAGUUUCAUUUCAGCUAAAAUAAUUGACAUUUGUUCUAGGGAAAUUAUAAAUGUCAUCCCUACCGAUCCCAGCCCUGUGUGUCCAAGGUGUCGUACAAGGAAAACAUUGAUGAAAACACAAACUGCCAAGUCAUCUGAUGGAAUGGGGAAACCUUGUAAGUGUUUUUGAGCUGACCUCAUAUUGCCUUUUAGAAUUAUCACUUUACUUAGUGUGCGUGCGUGUGUGACCGUGUGUUUUACUUUUCUUUUUUUGUGUGACAAAAGCUUUGUGAUAUUGCUGCACUGCAUAAAAAAAUGUAUCCCCACUGCAACUGUUCUUAGCAUAGAAAACAGACUCACGUUAAUUUUCACUGUACCAGAUUGUUUACCUAUAGAGCUCAUGACGUGUUGGGCCUCUGUCCCUUUAACAUGCCACAGUUGAGUGAGUUCUGCUCUGACCCAUAAAGGCCAUAGUGACAGGUUUGAUCCCAAAUUGUAGUCUAAUCCUGUCAAUGGAAUAGAGUGUCGUGGGGGAUAUAGCCUUAGUUUGUUUUUAAACAGGGUUGUGAGCAUAGAUAUAGAACCUUAGACAGGCUGAUAGCCUGUCAUAGAGCCCCCAUACAUCAGCGCUAUAGUUCCUAUCUCCUGCUUCAUAUUUAUGGUGGUAAGAGCCUCACUGGGCUAUUUGGCAAACCAGAUCACUAUUUCCGGAUAGUUAUUAUUAGUGAACUCUUUCUGUCUUUCUGAAAUCACUGGUUAAUUUAUGUGUGAAUGACUCUUGUGAAUUAGGCUUCAAGGACCUGUUUAGUGCUGCAUCCACGCUGUACAAGCUUAACAGACUUAAUUUAAAAUUGUGUAUGUCUCCAUUUCCACCAUGUGGGGGUAAGAGUCAGGGAUGCACAUGGACAAUAAAAUACAGAGAAAAUAACUGCGAUUAUACUCACAUAGCCAUACAAAUUUGACCGAGAAAUAGUCAGGCAUUGGUUGAAUUUUUUUUUUUAAUGAAAGCUUACAUUACGUUUAUAGUAAAAGCAUUAUUUUACAUUUUGCAUUAACUACUGAAAUUGGAGUAAAGCUAAACAUAUAUUUAUUUGGGGAGCUAAAACAGUUUGUGCUUAUGCUUAUGGUUGUUCAAAAAGUAAAAAUGUUACAAAUUGCAUAAAGUUUAAAAUUAUCGAUUUCAAAAUGUAUGCUGUUUUUUUUUUGUAAUGAGACAACCCACAUUUAUCACAGAAAUAAAGAUUAUUGUUAGUGGAAGGGAAUUAGUCACUGUGCUGUCAAUUCAAUACUAACAUGUUGACCAUACGUCACAGCUUGGAUGAUAUUCAUAAAAAGGAAACAUGGAUCCAACUCACCCUGUUCUGAGGAGUUACCAAAAUGUAAUCUAAAAAGAAGAAAAUGUUAUUUUUGUAUUUUGAAAUGGGAUUGUACAAAAUGUAAAAUUGUGUUCUGAUCAGUACUUAGUCUAUCUAAUGUUAUUUGAUGGGAAAAAAACAUUGGUUCUCAUUGCUGUGGAAUGACUCCCUGCUGGAUAUAUUUUAUCCCUCUUGGACUGUAUUGAAACAGACUAUUAAAUAGCUACAUAAUGUAAUUGUUUCCUUUGCGCAAAGUUUUGUCAGUGUGGUUGUAAUCAGAGAUAUUUUAACUGGUUUUAUCUCUGUGGUAAUAAUAUGGUCUAAAUUCUACAUCUUGAUUUACUGUACAAAAAAACAAAACCUAAUCAAGGGGGUCUCUUCUACACUUUAACACACACGAGGGUCCUGGUAUAAUACCUGACUGAGAACCAAUGAUUUACAUGGAUAUUUAAACAGGAACACCUAUAAAUAAAACGUAUGUUGCUGAUGAUUUAGCCACUGUAAAAUUGUAACUAAUUCAACUGUUGAUUUUAUUUAUGUUUUGUAACUAAUCAAAAUAAAUGAUGGCGUUAAAC